AUGAGCGCCCUGUCGCAAACGAGGCGCUAUGAGAAAACAACGAGGCUUUUCGAGGAGAUGGCGGAGCACUACAUCCCCCUGAGCCCCCAGUGCUAUUAUCUCGGCAUCGAGGCAUAUAGCAAGAAGGAAGAGGUGGACGGUGCCCUGCAGCUCUUCAAGGACAUGCAGUCCGACGGCUACGAGCCAACGCUGGAGAUCUACGCGACUCUGAUGUACGAAUUGGGGAAGGCUGGAUCAUGGGUCAGAUCGCUGGAGCUUUUUGAGGACAUGCUCGCCCGCAGUAUCUUGCCGACCAGACAGAUCUUCAACCUGCUGGUCUUGGCUUACGGAAGCGGCGGCGAGUUUGAGCGUGUUCUGGAGACAAUCGAUCAAAUGAUCCAGGCUGGUCUGGAGCCGAACCUGACGACUUUCCUUUGGGGGAUGCAAGCCGCGGAGCGCGCCGGCGAAAUGGACAAGGGUUUAUACCUUUAUCAGAGGAUGAAAGAUCGGGGCCUCAAGUCUCACCCCAAGGUAGACCAGGCUCUAAUGCGCAUUGCCAUGGCAGGGGACGAUCCCGAUCGAGCGCUCCAGUUCUUUGAAGCCGCCAUUCAGCGGAGGCGCAGCUACGACAAGAAUGCUGUUGAUGGGCCCAUCUGGGAAGAGAAGGGCAUCUACAAGCAAGCCUUGCGUGCGUGCCAACUAGCAGCGGCCUCCGGCACAACUCCAGGCUUCGGAAUCAGCUCUUACGAGGACUAUGCCUUGCAGCUGCUCUUGGAUCUGCAGAAAGCCAAAAUCAAGCUAGAUCCGAGCAUGUACCUGCAUGCGAUUUCUACCUGUGAGUACAAGAAGAGCUGGACCAGGGUAAUCGGCCUAUUGCAGGAAAUGUCAGAGAGGGGAUUCCGGGUUCAGGGCGAAAGGCUCCGAUCGGCCUAUUGGAAUGCGAUCCUGGCCGCAGGGGAUUCUCAUGAUCCUGACAAGGCAUGGGACCUUUUCGAGCAGAUGAAGCUCAGCAGAGUGACUGUGGAGCCUUUCAUGUACGAGAAGAUGGUGCUUCUGCUUGAGAAGAAUGGUCAGUUGGCGCGGGCUGCCCGGUUAGAUGAAGAGUUCCAGAACCGCCAGCUCACAAAGUACGCCCAGGAGAUCAUGGUGCACAGGAAGCGCAACGAGUGGGAAGAGGCUAUGGGCAUCGUUCAGAAGAUCCGAGAUGAUGGCAUCAGGCCGACGAUCAAAAUCAUGAACACAGCUCUCAGCUCCUUGCAGUAUCCUGGGAAGUGGGAGCUGGUCCUGGAAAUCAUGGAACAGAUGCGAGCAGAUGGGUACGAGUUGGAUGUCUGCACUCACACAGUUGCCGUUACGUCCAUGAUCACGGCUGGUGAGCUGGAGAAGGCUUCAGAGCACUUGCAAGUCAUGAAGAAGGAAGGUGUUGAGCCCACAGCGAUGACCUACGGCCGCCUGAUGUAUGGCUUGGAGAAAGCCGACCAGCCACAGAAAGCCCUGUAUCUCUGGGAUGAGAUGCGCGUCCAGGGCAUCGACCCCGACAGGGUGGGAUUCGAGACUGCCGUAAGGGCCUGCAGCAAGUGUCAAUUUGAUGAAGCGGUCCUCGAGCUGUAUGAUGAGAUGAAGGUUCGUGACAAGAACCCUUCCAGAGAGACCGCGCGUAGCGCCGCACUGGCUGCCGAGCGGCUGGGCCUUUCGGCGACUGUGAUCGAAGGAGCGACGCCGAUCACGCCAGAGGAGCCAGAGGACGUCGAAGUUCUCGAUGCUUUGGGCCGAUGA